AUGAAUUACUACGGUCGGUGUGACUGGUUCUCCACCACUGAUCAUGUUGCCUACGCCUCACAACAACCACAGCAUCAUUUUCACCAACCACAGACGCAAUUCUGGGCACCGGCCGUCUCCUCUCCAGGCUACCAUUCCAUGCUUGACAGUACUAGUGGGAUUAAUGGUGAUGCUCUUAACGAACGCGAAACUCCUUCAUUCGUCACCACAAACGAAAAGGUUCGCUACUUGCCCACUGUUCAACCGGUCUACAAUUACCGCAGAGGAGAGGCUACGAUUGACGACGAGGAGGAGGAAGACGAAGAUGACGAAGGCGAUGUGAAGGAGGAACACGAAAACGAUGAAGAGGAGGAAGCGGUGGCGGAGGAAGAGGAGGCAAAUCCUGAGCCGAAAGAUGCUUCUUCAACAGGCAAUGGAGGUCUAGCCCAACAACGUCGCAAGUCCACCGCUCCACACACUCCUCUUCGUUCAACUUCAAAGCGGAAACCUCGUAUCCUCUUUUCCCAAACUCAAGUUUACGAAUUGGAGAAGCGUUUUAACCAGCAACGCUAUCUCUCAGCUCCGGAUAGAGAGCAAUUGGCACUACAAUUAAAGAUGUCUUCACAACAGGUGAAAAUUUGGUUUCAAAACCGACGCUAUAAAUUAAAACGUCAACUUCAAGAGAAGGGUUUAGAUCCCUCCAUGAUUCAGCCAUAUUUGACACCGCCACCGUAUAGGGAGUUUGAGACUUCGUUGCGUGCCUCCGAGGAGGCCUACGAGGUUGACGCCCCCAGCAGUGCCGCCAACACUGUCAUCAGUACAGUCACCGAACAGCCUCAAUUACAGCACUAUUCAACAAUGAGUCCACGAUCCUGGUAUCGCCUUUCGGAAUCCAGGUCAACGUGGCUAUCAACAGGGUUUGAUACUGGUCCUGCAUGGUCCACCUUAACCUAUGGACGACCGCCUAGUCAACACCUUCAACCGGUGCGUCACCAGAAUGGUGCAUUCUACGAACAGGAAAUGGCGUCCUCAGCCACAAGCAGUGUCUCUUCCGGCCUUGUUACCACCGGUCUCACUUGUCAGGAGGGCAGUCUGAGCUGUGAAGGUUGUGCGUAG